CUACUUGACAGCCGACAUUACUGACCAGUGACCACCGACCGAUCCCUUAAGUCAUUUUGAAGCUUAGCAAAAAGAAAAACACAAAACUCUAAUUAAUUUCCAGUGACCCCCUCAAAGUCAACCUAACUCUUUCAACCCUCUUCUAUCUAUAUAUAUAAACAAAGCAAAAGUACUUUGUAAAUUCACGAAAAAAGGCCAUUGUUCCUCUUAAAUUGUUCCUUAUUUGUCAAGCUACUAGCUCCAAAAAUGGGCAACGGAUGUUACUCAUCAAAUUCAAUAACAAUCAAGCUCAUCUUUCACGAAGGAACGACAAGGACGGUGACUGGAAAAAGGCUAGCCGGAGAGAUAAUGUUCGAGUUCCCCGAAUGCAUGGUUUGUCACGCUGACUCAUUCUUCAUUGGACAACCUAUUCCAUCGUUAGGUAUCGAUGAUAAGCUAAGGAAUGGCGAUACUUACUUUGUUCUUCCACUUGAUUCCUUCACAAAUAAAGUGCUUUCAGCUUCUUCUCUUGCUUCCUUAGGCAAUAAUAAUAACCCUCCUAACAAAAGAGCUCCAGUUAACUUCAAGAACCCUGCUUUUCAAUAUAUAAAGGGAUCCAAUGGUAGGGUUUUGAUCAAAGUCGCGCCGGAGUUUAUGAUUAAAUUACUCCAGAGAGGAAAGGUGGAAGAUGAUUGUGCAUCUACUAGUACAAGCCCUAAUUUUUUGUGUAGCACACCGGAGUUGAAGAAGCAUUAUGAGCAAUUGGUAGGACCGAAAGGGCAAAUAUGGUCACCUAAAUUAGACACUAUAUCUGAAUAUAAGAUUAAGUAUUCACCUUGCAGAUUGAUUGGCUUGGAAUGGAGAGAGAAAGAAUAGUGUCUUUUUUUUUGUUGUUGUUAAAUUGUGAUAUAAUAGACUCUUUUAUUC